AUGCAGAACUAUUCGUUUUUUGGGUCAUUCUCUGAAGACGAGAUCAGGUCAUUGCUGCAAAAGCAAUCACCUGGGAAGGCUGAAAAGCCUUUGGAAAAGAAUGUAUUGCAGUUUGGGUCUAUAAAUUUUGUUACUAAAAUAUCUUCGGGUGAAUGUAAUGGUGAAUCAAGCAGACCACAAAAUUCUGUGAAAGGGCUCAGCAAAGUUCAGCCUUUAAGUUCACUUAAUAAGCAGAAUGAAGUGGAGGCUGUAAAAGCAGCAAAUGAUAGUUUACCAGCAUCUUUAACUACUCCUACAGAGAAUGGAUGUACUGAUAAUUAUAAAAAUGGUUCUGCCCAUAGUAAUGGCGUGAAAGAGGCGACAAUGGAUAAUCUUGAUGUAGCUUCUUUACCUUUAUCUAAUAACGAAGGUGGUCUCUCCAAUCAAUUUUCAAGUCUGGAAUUGCAGAACAGAGAGCAGAAUGGUCGUGUUGAUGAUUUAUCAGCUUCUAAGGUAAAGGGGGAACUACAGAAGUGUUUGAAUGGGCCUGUUACAGUUUCUACGGUCUUGUUGCCUCGUGGUUUAAUCAAUUCAGGGAUUUUGUGCUUUCUCAAUGCAACGUUACAGGCUUUCUAUCCUGUUCUCCUUUGUUCAGCUUCUGCAGGAAUUGAGAACUCGCAAAGUGCCUAA